AGACUCAGUUCUAAUCGUUCUCAUCUGUGAAACAAACACAGCAGGUCUGAUUUAGUUUUCUUACUAAUAUGGGUGGAGCUUAAUUAAUUUGCCUCCUUUAAAAGCUGUGGUCAGGGCUGUUUCUUUAAUGUAGCUCAUGUUGUGCAGUCAUGAGUUUAAACCAAGUGCUGUGGGGAGUGCUGUUAGGGUUUCUAAUUGUUUACUGUAAAGCUGAGUUUUCUGAAUGGAAGCAGUUGAUACAAUAUCAGGACCCAGUCAGAGCUCAGGAGUUGCCACAGCCGGUGUGGGGAGCUGUGCAGGAUUCGCUGUUGUUAGAUAUCUGGCGGCCUGUUCAAGAGAAAAUUUAUCUUCAGUCCAAGCAAAGGGUACAGGGACCUAUUCAGAAGCUGGCAUGGCAUUUCCCCCUAGUUCCAGAAACACCUAGACACAAAAUAGAUGAGAAUUUUCAGUUGCGGCGGCCCGUACGAGCAAAUAGUGUGGCUGCUGACUGUGGAGAAAACGUAGUUCACGUGGAAGUUAAAAAGGAUCUGUUUGGAACUGGAGAACUGCUAAACCCUUUGCUUUUCAGCCUUGGUGGUUGUACUGCAACAGGGGAGGACUCGGAAACUGAGGUUCUCAUUUUUGAAUAUGACCUGCAGAGCUGCAAUAGUUCAUUAACAAUGACUGAGGAUGAACUUGUCUACACAUACACCCUAAUCUAUGCUCCAGAGCCCAUAGGUGGAACACCAGUUGUAAGGACAGGUGGUGUUGCAGUUGGCAUUGACUGUCAUUAUGCAAGGAAGCACAAUGUGAGCAGCAAAGCCAUCUUACCCACAUGGAUACCAUUUUCAUCUACAAUGGCAGCUAAGGAGCUUCUGUUUUUUUCCCUUCAGCUCAUGACUGAUGACUGGCACUUUGAAAGGCCAUCCAACCAGUAUUUCCUGGGUGAUCUGCUGAACAUUGAAGCCUCUGUGGCGCAGUUCAACCAUGUACCUCUACAUGUUUUUAUAGACAGUUGUGUGGCUACAGUAGACCCUGAUGUAAACACAACGGAGAAUUACUCUUUUAUUGAGAACCAUGGGUGCUUGAUCGACACAAAGAUCACCGGUUCUAGGUCUCAGUUUAUGCCUCGUGUUCAGGUGGACAAGCUUCAGCUUCAGCUGGAGGCGUUUAGAUUUUUGAAUCAAAGUGGUGACCUGGUCUACAUCACAUGUUUGUUAAAGGCUACCACUGCUUCUGCUCCCGCUGAUGUGAAACACAAGGCUUGUUCGUACACUUCUAAUGGGUGGACUGAGGCAAAUGGAGGUGAGGCUCAAGUUUGUGAUUGCUGUGACAUGAGUUGUAAUACCAGGAACAGGAGGAACGCACCUAAUGCAGAUUUGUGGCGGGAAGCAAGAGUCUCUCUGGGCCCAAUCUUAAUAAAAGAAGAAACCCUAAUUGACCAUGAGGACAUUUCAAAGGAUUACCAGUGAAGUUAAAUAUUUAACUAAAAUGUUUGGUAUUUUAAAUUAUACAGAAUGUGGAUAUUUUUUUUUGCCUUUAAACACUUGUUUGCUGUAAUAGGAGUUUUUUUUUUUUUUUUUGAAAUGACAUGGUAUUUUUAAGAUUCUGUUGUUCAAAAUUUAAGGAUAAGGUUAUGCUGUCAGUUUCUCUUGGUCAUGAUGUAAACUGUAAUAAGCCUAUCUUCUAAAAGAGUUGGUGACUUAAUUUAGAUUCCGAGACUGUUUAAAAACAGUGUCAGGACACCUCCUAAUCCCUUAUGAUCUGCUAUAAGGGACACAAAUGUUUUUAAGCAUCUUAAUUGUUAAAAGCCAAAUGUGAAUCUGUAUGCAUUUAAUGUAAAAUGACUGAAUGCAUUAAAAAGGCUUAUUAUAGUAGUGUACAGUAGAGCUGUUGAAGAAUAAAUAUGCAUCAAUAUGUA